CUCUUUUGUUUGAAUUCCAGAAAAGACCGCUUCCUGCGACGGCCAUUGUUCGUUUCAGAUUGUUGUCCAUUGUUUGUCGUUUGGAUCUAUGACUUACAUGACAUUAGUGCAACGUGUCGAGUUGGAGCGAGGCAAGCGGGAGCCAGGAGAGAUAACGGAGUUGAACUUGGACAAUUCCAAAUCUGUGGAUGUUGAAGGACUUACAGAUGAAUACUCAUCUUUGGAAGUUUUGAGUAUGACGAAUGUAGGACUUCAGAGCCUAGCAGGGUUGCCUUGCCUUACUAGCUUGAAAAGUGUAAGUCCAUCUGACUUCACUAAUACUGCUCUAAAGCUUGAACUUUCUAGUAAUUUGAUCUCAGGGGGUCUCGAUGCUCUUCUCAAGUGCCCCAAUAUUGAACAGCUUAAUUUAAGCAGCAACAAGAUCGAGUCAGUUGAGGCACUGUUGCCUCUGGCUAAGCUGUCUGAACUUCGAAGCUUGGAUCUUGGAAACUGCCCUGUUACAGCGACAGAUAACUAUCGGAAGAAAACGUUUGCAAUAAUCCCAUCACUCAAGUAUUUAGAUGGCCUUGACGAGUAAGAAAGUCUUUUUAAUUCACUACUGGUUAGAAAUAAUGAGGAGGAAGUGUUUGGUGGUGAAUUCUUGAAUGGUGGCCUAGAGCAAGGAGGUAAGCCAUCCUUUAUCUUGUCAGUCCUUAACUCUGGUUUAUUGAGUAUCUGAAGUCAUUUUCAUAAAAGUGCUGCGUACGGUGCCACACUCACGAACUUAAGCUACUGGUUUAGAAAGACAACUGUUAGCCCAUUAGUCUAAUAGAUCAGAUAAAAACGCCUAUGCUUUUUUUAAUUGUUUUGAACCCGUAUGUAAGCAUGUUAUGGAAACUAAGCAAGCUUUUCUCUUAUUGCAUCUGAUCAUAACCAGGAGCUCACUCAGAAGAUUCCAUUGUUGACUUCCUCACGAAGAUGUCUACUAGGGUUAUCCCGUGUUGAUAGUGUUUAUGCUAAAGUUCGUGAGUGGAACAAGUAUAAGGUAGUUUGAACGCAAAUAUUGUCCCCGGGUUAUACGCGUAGUUCCGAAGACAACUGUGCAUCCUGUAUGGUUAGCGGGAGUUGUUUUCCAGCGAAACGCAUGUGCUUGAACAGUUAGAGACUGAUUGUGACGACACUACCUAGUGGGUACUAUGGCUUGGCUGUUAGCAGUGGUGCUCCGGCCUGUGCACAGGCUAGUCGGGAAAAGUUUAUUAUUUUUGUUGUCUCAAAAUUUACGUGACUACUUAAAACCUAUGUUGAACUUCUCCAGUCAAAUGGUAGGUGCGAGCAUAUGCCUUCACCAUAGCCAUUUCACUAGGAUUUGCUCAAAACUUUGUCUAUGAGUGGUAGGGUGGGUGGGUGAUUAAAGGUUUUGUAUUCAUUUUACAGUGCAUCAACAUUCUGUCCAAUCCUGCAGCUUCAGUAAUGCUCCUAUCACACUCCAUAAUUGAUUAUACUUCGUAGAUGGUAUUCUCAGGUAGACUGGAAAAAAAAUUACAUCUAAGUCUACUCUUGUGCCAAAUUUGAUGUAAUAUAUUGUGUGGUGACCUUGGCUGUUGCACUAAAGUGCCAGUUAUUUCGGUAGUUUGCCUGCAUCAUAUACUAUAGUUGUUGCUCUCCGUCUAAAUCCUUGUCUCAGCAUCCAUGAACUCUUAGGUACCAACACAUGUGCAUCUGAAGAGGUAUAAAUCUGAUAUUUUUAGAGAGCAUUCUUAGCGUGCAUAGACUGACGUUACAGGUAUCAUUGUUGUUUCAAGAUAAAAAUACUGUUAGCUUGUUGACCGCAUCGUGUUUCGCGACAUCGAAACGGAACCUGGCACCAAAGUGUGACCGUUCAGCUUGCUAUGCUUCUCAGUAGCAUGUAAAAGUGUGUGAGGUGACAAAUGUGGGUGAAGGUAUGUGAUUCACAGGAUUCAUUGUGCCCGAUUUUAAUUCCUGUAACCAAGAUCCUCAAAUCAUUGGUUCUUAUCGUCUCAUCUGAAGCAAGUUGCCGAAUUACUCUGUUGUUCGUAACGAAACAAAUAUUCAACUACUACCACGCGAAGUUGGCGUAUGAAGUCAGCUGACACUUAAGUGUGAUAACGUAGAGGCACGAGUCGUUAGGUUGACAAUUCUUACUUCCGAUCCUGCAGUGGGGUAGUGUCAUCUGUCACUGAGGUUCUUAGCCUUUUGUGCUUGCACCUCACUGAGUUGCAUUGUUGAUUUCAUUACUAAUGAAUAUGGUCUCAGUUUUAUCACGGAAGCAAAUCUCAGGGUCCACCGUAGCGUUUAAAAAUCCAACCGUUGUGUCUAAUGAGCCUUGCUCGGUGCCAAACAUCUGGUUAGUCCAGCCAGUAUGUCGUCUGAGGCUACUGUGUGAAUAAUUUUUGGUUCUGGAGAAUUGCUACGCGCUUCUCUGCUGACAAGUCCUCGUCAGUAGCGUCUGUCUCAGUAUUUUGCUGCUCACCUGGGCACCCGACUGACUAUUCCCACUGCACGUGUUAGUAGUGUUGGGAUUAACAAUGUAAUGCAGUAAUUCCGGCUGGUUCAUUCCCACUCUGCUGCAUUGAGAAUUGGGUGUACUUUUCAGCGACCCUUUGGCAAUCCCAAUGGUUAUUAGUUCAACUCCUCAUGCGUGCGCGAAAAAGAUCGUUAUUUUGUUGACGUCUGAUGUGUACGAUUUGGUUGACAAGUUAAGCUAUUGUUAGCUAGCUAAUGAUUUGUCCCAGUGUAUUUUAAGUAAGAAAUCGUCCUAUUUCGGUAAAAAAAAAUUAUAGAACAUUUCAACUUCGAUGUUAGCAGAUGGUGCGGACGAAGCUGAUGUGGAAGAUGACGAAGGAUCAGAUGAAGACGAAGAAAUUGGUAUUGAGGCUCUUCAACAAAGUGGUGAACUUGAAGACGAUGAGGAUGAUUAUGCCCCAGGUAGGUUCCCAUUUUGAUGCAAGCUAAUUUUUCACUGUAACUCAAGUUCCAAACAAACUGAAGCUUCAUUUGUCUUCUCCGACAGGCGAAGAUGAGGCAGAACUGGAUGAAUAUGAUGACGAUGAUGAUGAUGACGAAGAUGAGGUUGAAGAUAAUGGAGUGAAUCUUUCGGCUGCCAACGUAUCUGGUCCUCGACGUCCUGGUUCUAAACGACGUCAUGAAGAUGAUCAAGAUACAGAGAAUGGCAGUGAUGGGGAACAUUGUGGAACAAAGCAUAAGCAUACUGAAGACUCAGUUGAAGCUCAUGUCGAAAAUGGAUCUACUGUGGACCAGUAACUCAUUAAGAUAGACUCCAUUCUUAUUUAGGCCAAUUUCCCGUUGUAUAUGUUAAGUUCAUGUUCAUCUUAUAUGUUUAGUCACCAGUUCACCACCUAAACUACGUAAUUGUACAGUACGUUUGCUGCCAUAUUUGCUGACAACACAUGUUUCAAUGUUAGCUCUGAUGCAUUUACUCAUUUGUAAUACUUUCUUAUAUUGUCAAAUUUUCGAUCCAUCUUUUUCACUGGAGUUUAUCCAUUCAUAUUUGUUGCAUUUUAAUAGCGUUACGUUUCAGUCUUUAUAAGAUAAAUUUUCCACUUAUUACUUAGUUCAGGGUUCGGUUCACUAACUUGAUUAUAAGGUCUUACCAAUUCAUAAUGCGAUGUACUGACGUAUUAGGAGAAAAUCUCCAAGAUCUACAAAUCCUGAGGUCAGUGGUCUCAAUCUACUGGUGAGGGAGACUGGUUAAGGUGGAGACCUUUUCAAAUCAGGUAAUAACCAUUGUUAGUCCACAUUGUAUCGCGCAGAUAUACUUAUGGAUUGGUGAAUUUAUGAAAUAGUUACUUAACUUCUAACAAAUAUACAGAUUUUUUCAAAAUGUGAAAUAUCGACUUUCGGUGAGUGUUGAGACGGUUGACGGUCUUGUUUGAUUUCUGUCAAGCAUAAAUUCAGUGACAGCCAAAGAAUGAUAGAGCGCCAAUGUGAGUUGUCCUAAUAUGGCUGCUAUUACACGUCAUGAAACUGUUCUGAGCGUGUAAGCGCGGCAUUUAAGUGGCAUUUCGUAUCCCGUAUUUGUUUGCAUUGUGGCGCAAGGGUGCUUUGUUAUGGGCACUGUAUGAUGUAGGCAAGUAAAGAUUUACCUCGGACUGCUUAGCACCUACUCAUAAAAUACCAAAUACGUAGCACAAUUUUGUUUCCUUAUCGCGUUAAGACGUAGAUGUGCUUGGUAACGUACCGCACAUGACUUGGCCCUAUGCACUGAGUUGUCGAUUGCUAUCUCAUUGGUUGAGUCCGAACCCACUUAACCUUCUAGGUUAAGUCAGUGUUUACAGAACCCUACAUUCGGCAUCUUUCGAAUUAUUAAACAACGUUAUGUGAAUGAGAGCUUCUGGGCUGUCGUGGGACCAGGUUCAAAAGAUCUCAGAGAACAGAG